CAGACCAUCGACUUAGAUAAAUAUGAUAACAAAAGACUGACAGCAAAAUAAUAAUACGCCGAACUUAUAAGAAAACAGCACACUCUUCAGAAACAGCGAUUUUAUAUGCGUGAAUAAAUAUGUGUACUGAUAUAGAUCCUACCUGUUAAGACUGGUGCCGUCCAACUUCAACUUAAUUAAAAUUUACAAAGUGUUAUAGGUUAAUCGUGACAUGGGAACUGUUCAUAUGUGAUAAGUGUGUUUGUAAAUUGUAUAGAAGCAUAAGGAAUAUUUAUUUUAGACAAUGAUUCCUUCCAAUACAAUAUGUGUGUCGCAGGAAGGUCCUGCAAAUGCUUUAGCAUUAAACAAGGAUUGUACACAAGUUGUUAUAGCUGGAAGAAAUGUGUUUAAAGUAUUCUCUAUUGGUGAAGAUGAGUUCUCAGAAGUGUGCAAUCUAAGGGUGGGAAAAAACUUAAAUUUAAAUUUCUCUUCCAUUGAUGUUGCUUGGAGUACAAUAGAAGAGAACACUCUAGCCACAGCUGCAACAAAUGGGGCUGUGGUGGUUUGGAAUCUUGGGAGAUCAGGACGCUCCAAACAGGAACAUGUAUUCUCUGACCACAAAAGAACUGUUAAUAAGGUUAGUUUCCACUUAACGGAGCCAUCACUUCUGAUCUCUGGCUCUCAGGAUGGCAUGAUGAAAUGUUUCGAUCUUCGCAUGAAGGAGGUAGCUCGCACAUUUAUCAGUAACACAGAAUCAAUCCGCGACGUUCAGUUCAGUCCGCACCAAGCGCACACAUUCGCGGCGGUGUCAGAGAAUGGUACAGUGCAGGUGUGGGACUCACGACGCAGCGAGCGCUGCCUGCAGCAGUUCACUGCCCACUCCGGGCCAGUGUUUGCCUGCGACUGGCACCCUGAUGUACCCUGGCUCGCCACCGCCUCGCGAGAUAAGACCAUCAAGGUAUGGGACAUGCACGGCAAGCCUAACUUAGAGUACACCAUAUAUACGAUAGCAUCCGUCGGCCAUGUGAAAUGGCGGCCACAAAAGAAGUACCAGGUGGCGUCGUGCGCGCUGGUGCUGGACUGCGCCGUGCACGUGUGGGACGUGCGCCGGCCCCACCACAUGCGCAGCUGGAUGCAGCAGCACCGCAUCUGCCCCGCCGGCUGCGGACACUACUGCCAACUCGCCUGA